GAGGCGCUGUGCAUGGUUCGGAGCUACAAAAUAUUUGCAACAGAAGAAGACUUCCAGAGAGUAACGUGGUGACGCCAUACUCGGCAUCACCGUCAACAUGGCGGGAGUUAUACGGAGGCUUGACGAGACUGUUGUCAACCGGAUAGCUGCAGGAGAAGUUAUCCAGCGUCCUGCCAACGCGGUCAAAGAGCUGAUUGAAAACUGUUUGGACGCCAAGUCCACCAGCAUUCAGGUGACGAUAAAAGACGGCGGGCUGAAACUCCUUCAGAUUCAGGAUAACGGUACUGGAAUUAGGAGAGAGGAUAUGGAAAUAGUUUGUGAGCGUUUUACCACCAGCAAACUCCAGACCUUUGAGGACCUUUCAGCUAUUGCAACCUACGGAUUCAGAGGCGAGGCCCUUGCUAGUAUAAGUCACGUUGCCCAUGUGACCAUAACGACUAAGACAGCCGAUGCCAAGUGCGCCUACAGAGCCAGCUACAGUGACGGCAAACUUAAAGGUCCUCCCAAACCAUGUGCUGGCAACCAGGGAACACAGAUUCUUGUGGAGGAUCUCUUCUAUAAUGUGUCCACCAGGAGGAAAGCUUUAAAGAGCCCCAGUGAUGAGUACUCCAGGAUUGUAGAUGUUGUCAGCAGGUAUGCCAUUCACAAUUCAGGAAAAAGUUUUUCUGUCAAAAAGCAAGGAGAGACAGUGGCAGAUGUGAGGACCCUACCUAAUGCAUCUGUGGUGGAUAAUAUUCGAGGGGUUUUUGGUAGUGCAGUCAGCAGGGAGCUGAUCGAAGUUGGCUGUGACGAUCAGAAGCUUGCUUAUAAGAUGAAAGGCUACAUCUCAAAUGCAAACUACUCAGUCAAGAAAUGCAUCCUAAUUCUCUUCAUUAAUCAUCGUCUGGUGGAGUCGAGUGCUUUGAAGAAAGCAAUCGAGACAGUUUACGUGGCGUACCUACCCAAGAACACGCACCCUUUUCUUUACCUCAGCCUAGAGAUCGCCCCACAGAAUGUAGAUGUGAACGUUCAUCCCACAAAACAUGAGGUGCAUUUCCUGCAUGAAGACAGCGUCAUCGAGGGCGUUCAGAGGCAUAUCGAGAGCAAACUCCUUGGCUCCAACUCUUCACGCACAUAUUUCACUCAGACAUUGCUACCAGGGCUUUCAGUCACAGGUGGCAGUGAAGUCAAGUCCUCCUGUACCACACCACAUUCUACUGAGAGAGUCUAUGCACAUCAGAUGGUGAGGACCGACUCUCGUGCUCAGAAGCUAGACGCCUUCCUUAAGCCAAAAGAGAAGUCGCCUCCUGGCCCUGAAACAGCUGGUUCCAGUAGCGAGGAGGCCAACGCCACAAUUGCCCAGCCUGACAGCAUGGAGAUGGACAACACGGAUGACGCAGACAUGCUGGAAGCCCUGGCUGAGCAGGAGGCAGAGGUGCCAAGGGGCGAGGAAGAAUGCAGUCCAAGUACUCAUGACGUUCCCAGGAAGUGUCCAAGUAAAGAGCAGCAGAAGCAGCAGCAGCAGCAGGAGGAUGAAGAGGACGUGAUGGCUGCAGCCACGCCCAAGAGACGGGUCAUAAAAUUGACCAGUAUCAAAGAGCUGAGAGCUGAGAUCACUGAGAACACACACAAAGGUCUUCAAGAAGUGCUGCAGAACCACUCGUUUGUGGGUUGUGUGAAUCCCCAGUGGACUCUGAUCCAGCAUCACACCAAACUCUACCUACUCAACACCACCAAACUCAGCCAGGAGCUCUUCUACCAAAUACUGAUCUAUGACUUUGGGAAUUUUGGCAUCCUAAGGCUGUCUACACCAGCUCCACUUUAUGACCUGGCCAUGCUGGCUCUGGACUCUGAGGACAGCGGCUGGACAGAAGAGGACGGACCCAAAGAAGGCCUGGCUCAGUUCAUAGUGGACUUCCUGAAGAAGAAAGCGGAGAUGCUAGAGGACUACUUCUCCAUGGAGAUAGACCAGGAAGGAAAUCUAACAGGACUGCCACUGCUGCUUGACAAGUACACCCCUGUCAUGGAGGGUCUCCCCAUGUUCAUCCUACGCCUGGCCACUGAGGUGAACUGGGACAAUGAGAAAGAGUUUUUCAGAGACUUCAGUAAUGAGUGCAGCAUGUUCUACUCAAUCAGGAAGCAGUACAUCCUGGAAGCUGAGCAGGUUGCUGAAGUGGACUCAUGGCAUUGGAAAGUUGAGCACAUUAUCUUCAAAGCUUUCCGAACCCUCUUCAGUCCUCCAAAGCACUUCAGUGAGGAUGGCACUGUGUUGCAGAUUGCCAACUUACCUGAUCUCUAUAAAGUGUUUGAAAGGUGCUGAAUGUCAUUGUCAAAGGAACGACUUAAAAAAAAA